AUGUCCUCCCAAAGUGGAUCUCCCCCAUCCCCUGUAUCACCUAUCGAUGAGCCAUCCGCUGCCGAACAGUUCCUCCAAACCGAAGUCUACGAGCUGGGCGCGCAGCCCGGCCUGCGUUCUCUUCCCCCAGGGUCGGAGCGGGACUUUCUGACCCUGACCUGGGGUCCCAUUAUAUACCGGACCAUCUACACGCCUGAGUCCGAUGACCUUCUCCCGAUCUUCCUGCACGCCCUCGCCCGAGAGAUUCGAAAAGCGCUACCACGCUGCCUCCCCGGGACAGCGGAGCAGCUUGGCAUGCUCAUACAUACCUAUUCGUCUCGGCUUUUCAGUAGCCAGAAGAUGUUCCAGCAGGCGAGUGAGGGCGCUGUGCGCAGUGCAUUCCAUAACUUCAAAGUCGCCUUGACCUUGCCCUCAAUUGAGCUUCCCGUCCGUUUGAGAGUGUGUUUGGUGAUUGAUAGUUGGGUCCUUGGCAUCCUGGCGGCUACACUGGAACAUGCGGAGUUCAAGGGGGAAGCGCCCCAGUACGGACUGUGCCCCGUGAAAAUGGUGGAGGAGAAUUUCCCGGAUCUCUACCAGGAGUCGACGGAUGUGAAGCUGGCCCAGCUCGUAUCUCUCUUUCCCGACCUGUCGCAGGAUACUCUGCUCGAUGUCCUGGUCUCGUCUGCGGGGUCUGUUGAAGCCACGGCGACUAUCAUCUCGGAGCAAUUGGCAGCAGCCCCGAUCAAAAAGCGAGCAGUGUCAGGUUCUUCAAUACAGACCUCCCUAAUCUCCCACAUCACCACACUCGGGGAUGGGACUCCAGAACCGAAGCGGCGUCCUACAAAGAAAGGGCAAACCCUUCAUCUUUUCUCUCCGGAUGAUGUCGCGGCCCACACCCCAUGCACCAUCAUCCACAAUUUCCUCCCCCCAGAGCACGCCAAUGCACUUCUUCUAGAACUCUUGGAUGAGUCGCAUCAUUUUUCCAGGUAUAAAUUUCAAGUGUUCGACAAGACUGUGGAAAGUCCACACUCAGCUAGUGUGUACGUUUCUACGCCGGAGGAACAUCGGCAGCAUACUUCCGUGUACACUUACGGCGGGACGUAUCGCUCCAACGUGAGGCAGAUCACGCCUCACAUGCGGACAGUCUCCGCCAAGGUCCAGCGCACCGUGAACGAUGAAGUUCAAAAGCGGAUCCGUAACGUAUACCCCGAGGGGAAGAAACUUCGUUUCCAAUCGCCCAAAGAGUGGAUGCCAAAUGCAGCCUUUGUCAACUGCUACGAUGGGCCGGCUGAGAGCGUUGGGUAUCACUCUGAUGAACUCACCUACCUGGGUCCAAAAGCCAUAAUCGGCAGUCUAAGUCUGGGAGUCGAACGGGAGUUUCGAGUCCGACGCAUUGUGCCCCCAGAUGAGGAAGGCACAAGUAGCCCUCCGUCAGAAAGCAGCACUGACGUGCUCACCGCUGGCAGUGGAGGGGAUCCAACCCGGAGACAAAAAUUACAAAAGGUCCCACAAACCCGUGCCGACGUGCAAGGCCAAAUAUCCAUCCAUCUCCCACAUAAUUCCCUCCUGGUCAUGCAUGCCGAAAUGCAAGAAGAAUGGAAGCACGCCAUCACGCCGGCCCAAACCAUCUCCCCACACCCCUUGUCAGGAAACCGCCGCAUCAAUGUCACAUACCGGUGGUACCGGGAUUCGCUGCAUCCGCAGUACACCCCCCGGUGCCAAUGCGGUCAACAUGCAAUCUUACGGUGCGUUCAGCGCAAAAAGGAGACCCGGGGUCGGUACAUGUGGACGUGCUAUGCUGGCUUUGCCCCGGGGAAGCAAACGUGUAAUUUUUUUCAAUGGGCUGAGUUUGAUGAUGAUGGUGAGCCGCUUUGGGAGAGGAAGCCGAUUGAGGAUUGUGCUCCUGCACUGGCGAACUUUGCAGAUGGUACAUAG